UGUGGGAGCCGGAAGCAUCGUGAAGCUUUCAGGCCUGUAGUAAUACAUGUCGGUCCAAACCGACAAACCAACUUUCAACCUUUUAUGAUCAAACGAUUAUUGCUUACUGCUUCUUUGUUGUCCGCGGUAGCUCGCGCCACCUAGCCUAGCAAGCGCCAUUAAUAGGUGAGUAGAGGUGAACCGAACUUACUUACUUUCACAACUUGACACGUGAUUUGUACGAAACAUGGAAGUGGAUCAAGUGCCCAGCAAAGCUCACCCCGAGGGUGUCCGCCUUCUGCCCGAUGACCCUUUCUUCGCGGAAGGAAAUAUGACCGUACGGGAAACGCGCAUUAUGAAAGACCAAGACACAGACCCUGAAGCUUGUUACAGUUUCUCCAUUGUUCAAUGCAGCACUUGUCAGACAACCUUUCACAACGUUCCCGCCUUCCAAGCUCAUUACAAUGCACGGCAUCGAAGUAUCUGUGCUGACUGUAAGAAGGCCUUCCCGAACUCUCAUCUGCUGGACUUGCACAUUAGAGAACGGCAUGAUCUCACUUUAUCUCCAGAUACACCGCGCUUCAGGUGCAUCGUUCAAUGUUGCAAGGAGUCGUUCACGUCGUGGAGUGUUAGGAAAGAGCAUAUGAUAAAGCUACACUUGUACCCCGCCGACUUCAAAUACACGCCAUCUGAACGUCCCAAAGAACUUCCGAAGCAGAAGACAUCGGUUCCCAAGCACAUCUGUUUUGGACGAGGUUCAGUAGCGGCCUGGCAUCGCAGGGCAGCUCCGACGCAGGACAUUACGAUGAAAGAUCUUGAAGUAGCUAUAGGCCUCGUGAAAAAUGAUUGAAUCAGUUUUUGAGGAGAGGGGGAAAUCGUCUUCCUUCGUGUAAAGUUUAUGUUCCCCAAAUAUUUUUCUGACAGCUUACCCAGUCUUUCAUGGGGAAAGGCCAGCUCAUCAUGCUUUCUACCUCGAUUGUAAUCUCUUUGGGAUUUUUGUCCUCCUUUUUAUCAGAAACGCGUUUCCUCCUCUGGGCAUCAUAUAUAUACAGAGAGUAGUAGAGGCAAUUUGUUUUUUCCCAGGGUGCAGUGCUGUGCACUCAUAAUUAAAUGUUUUUUGGUACAAACUCUUUUCUGCAACCAUCCUCAUUUCCAGACACUUUAUUUCUGCACAAAAAUAUUGCGGGAAAACAAUAACGACAAUCUGGGGAUAAGCGUGCGGAAAUCAUUCAAAGAAAAGCUCUGCUGAGGAGGAGUUACUGUCAGCAGUCAGUUUACCACACAGGUGUUGACAAGAAUUAGAGGUUUGCUGUUGUAUGAGAUCUCUGUAACUGCGUAUUCAAUAUGAUGACUACGACAAGUGCGAGUCUGAAAUGAAUGUUGCAGUAUCCGAGAUGCUGUCUGAGCCCUACAAACGAAAGAUCUGCGAACAUCCUCAGCACCCGAUUCACGUCCUUAAGAAACUGCAUUGCCGAGCCCACUUUCAGAAAACGUAAUGGGGGGGAAAGAAACAUCUUUCCGACCGAACUUUGCUCUCAAUGUCUCCACACCAUGAAGCUUUUUUCUUUCCUUUUUGAGGGCUCAGCGUAGAACUCCUCCUUGCCUAGAGUUGCAAGCUGUAGCCAUCUAUUUGUGUCUCUUCCUUCUGUUCCUUGCAAGAUAGCAUUUUCAGAAUGGCACCUCUAGGAGGAUCUCUUACCAACGAGCAUGGAGCUUCGAGGUCAGCUUAUAUUCGAACCAUUGUUCGACCGUAUCGUCAGUUUCGGUUCCAGGAAAUGCAAUAGGACACGACAGUCUUUCUGGACAUUUUUAGUGGUCGCACAAUUCCUCUAAUUUGGGUUGUUUUGACUAUCCCGUCGCCAGUCCUACUGCUUCCUACUACCAAAGGUUGACUACCUGUUGCUCCUGCUUGCCCAUUUCUUCACUCAUGGCCAUAAUGCUUGUUCUCAUGUUAACAGGAGCUAGAGGAACCCGAGAAACAGGAUAAGAAGAGUAUAUAAACAUUCUGACCAUUUGUUGAAGAGGAAAGGGUACACGUCGCGACCUACAUGGACGGAGGUGAGAAAAUACAAGAUGGUCAACAAAAUGCCCUGUGGCCCAUGAGCACAGUCAUAUGCCUAGUCCUAGACACAGUGAGCGAUUACGCUUACGGUACUCAGUAUCUGAGAGAUGUAUCGAUUAUUUCUUUAUACUCUGUGUAUGCUCAUAGCGGAAUAAACGACAUUUAUUUGAACGCG